AUGCCUCGAUCCAACCGCUGGCGCAACAUUGAUCGCCUGCUUGGCUUCGAUAGACAUGGCCAUCGCUCUCGUCACCAAUGGAUUCAUGAAGAGGAGCGCGCUUUGCUUCCACAGCUGCGUAAUGAGGAGAUAGACUCUGCCAUUCCGCCCGCCGACGUUACAAAAGUAUGCCUCAGGCUACGACACCUGGUUCAAGAAUGCGUGCCAUGCGAAAUGGAAGAGAGCCGAAUCACGACGCCUCAUAGCCGCAUCAUUACGCCGCACGUUAUCCGGGCCGCCAAGGAAGCAGGCGGUCAAGAGUACAAGGGUUGUGUGGUCUACGCUUUACUCGUCAAUCAACGUUGGUUCACGCAUGAGGCGAAUGUCGAGCUCUGGGAUGCUGGUCUGCACAAGCUCCGAGCCGAAGCUUGCGGUGUUAUAGCCAAAGCCCUUAUUGAGGAAGAGGAAGACACGGCGUAUCUGCUACACUCGGUGCUCCUGCGUCGAUAUUCGUACAUUGCAAAUGGCAUCCCGACACCUCCCGUCAAUGUCAUCGAGAAGGCUGUCGAUCUGCAUGCUGUUCGAGUCAUUGGCUCGUCAGGAUACCAAAAAUGUAUCAGCUAUCUCUGGCGUGGCUGGCUGGUGCAGGAUGAAAACGACCCAUCUGUCUUUGUUGACUACAAUGACAAAGACAAUCCGAAUUUUCUGGUUCAUAUGGAUCCAGAUCGGAUGCGAACUCCUAGAAACCAAAACCUCGCCCAGCUUUUGUUAUCGCUCCUCUAUCUUGCCCUCUUUACCAUUGCCAUCAACUCAGUCAACGCUAGCGGUGUGAUUGACAUCGCUGAAGGAGCCCUCUAUGUCUUUACACUCGGCUACAUUUGCGAUGAGCUGCUCAAGGUCUACAAGGCAGGUUAUCAAAUCUUGGGCUUCUGGAAUGCUUUCAACGGUAUCUUGUACGCGUUUUUGACGGCCUCGUUUGUGUUCCGCGUCGUCGGCCUGACUUUUGCAGAAGACACCGAUGGACGUGCCCAUUACAGCGCGUUGGGAUACAACAUCCUGGCUUUUACCGCUCCGUUGUUCUGGUGUCGUCUCUUGCUCUACCUGGAUAGCUUCAGGUUCUUUGGCGCCAUGCUUGUGGUGCUCAAGGUCAUGAUGAAGGAGUCUGUGAUAUUCUUCGCUCUGCUCGUUGUCAUCAUUGUCGGCUUCCUACAGGCCUUCAUUGGUCUUGACCUCACUGAGGACAACGUUGCCGAUGACGUGUGGUUCAUUAUCGAGUCUAUGAUAAGAGCCAUCCUCGGAAGCCCGGAAUUUGACGGAUUUGAUGGAUUCGGACCGCCCUGGGGUGGGAUCCUGUAUUACUGCUUUACAUUUAUUGUCAUGGUUAUCCUCCUCAACAUUCUCAUUGCUCUGUACAACUCUGCCUACCAGGAUAUCUAUGAUAAUGCAGAUGACGAAUAUUUGGCACUAUUCGCCCAAAAGACGAUGCAAUUCAUUCGCGCGCCAGAUGAGAAUGUCUACAUUGCUCCGCUCAACCUGAUCGAGAUUAUCAUCUCUGCUCUAUUUGAGUGGUGGAUGCCCAAGAAGUCGUACGCGUUCAUCAAUGACUGUAUCAUGGGCUUUUUUUACUCACCGCUCCUUUUGAUCACGGCAAUCUUCGAGACUCGCACGGCACAUGCAAUUCGCCGCAAUCGGGCUCGUGGGGAAGCAGACGAUGAUAUCAUUGAAGAAUGGGAGCAGCUUGCGCACGAAAUCGAUUUCGGCGCUGAAGGAUGGGCCAAGACAUGCGAGUCUGUCAAGCCAAACAUGGAAGAUGACCCGGCUGUUCUUGAGAUUAAGAAACUGCGAGCUGAGCUUGCUGGAUUGAAGUCUAUGCUGGCGGACAUUAGCGACCAUGUCCAUUUUCCGACUAGCCAGGAUACCAAGAUUGGAGACGGUAGCGCCUAUGAAUUCAAGCCGUCGUCGGAAACAACCCAUGAAGAAACGGAUCAUAUCGUGGGCACUGGCAAAGACGUUGCACACGAGUCAGGAAGCACAUCGGGAAAAGCCAAGGCGGGGAGCAGCUUGGAAGAGCUAAUUGAACUGGUUGACGAUUCUGCUAAGCCGACCUACGAAGUGCCAGUGCACGAUUCUGUAAAGCCUGUUGAUGAUUCUGCGGAGCCCGUCAAACCGUCUGACGAGUCGGCCGAACCAGCUGAAGAAUCUACUCAUCCUUUCGAAGCGGCACCAGAAACUGAAGACACACCAUCCAAGGCACCCGAAGACACGCCAUCCAAGGCACCCGAAGACGCACCGUCCAAGGCGCCUGAAGACACACCGUCCAAGGCGCCUGAAGAUGCAUCAUCCAAGGCACCCGAAGACGCACCGUUCAAGGCAUCUGAAGAUGCAGCGUUCGAAUCCUCUGAAGAUGUCCCGGCGAAGACUCCUGUGUCCGAGGCCCCUGAAGAUAUUCCAUUCAAGGCUCCUGAAGGUGCUCCACUUGAGACUUCCACAUAUAUUCCGUUUAUGGCCCCCGAAGACCUGCCAUCAGAGGCUGCAGAAGGCGUUCCUCUCGACACAUCUGAAGGCGCUCCUCUUGAGACAUCUGAAGCCACAUCGUCCAAGGCUCCCGAAGAGGCUGCACCUGAACGCGUCGAACGUGUCGAGUCUGAGGAAGUCGAAGGCGAUGAUGCCGGCCCUGAGAGUCCAUCUGGUGAAGCCAAGGCCGAGGGCGAACAGGCUCCCCAGCCAAAGGCCAAGAGAAGAAGAAGGAAGAACAAGAACAAGCAGUCACAAGCUGGCCCGAGCGGUGGCAGCUGA